AAUAAUUAUUUUUAGUUGCAACGACCCGAACCCGUUUCCCGACCUUCCCUCGCCCUACGAAUUCAUAAACCCUUCUUCAACCCUCUUCAGUUCAAUCAACUUUUCUGUUCUGCAAAAUAUGAGUUCACUCGCUAUGAAGCUCACAAGAUCGUUACGCGUCUCUAUUCCUUCCCAAUCCAGCCCUCCAUUAGCAGUGGGCGCCCAAGGAAUCUGGAAGAAGUUUUACUCAUCUUCUGCUCCGUUCGACAGUGCUGAUGAGGCAGAUGGUAAUCCAGCUGAUACAAUCGACGAUGAUGAUUUCCUUCCCCAAAAGCCGGAGUUACAAAUGCAAGGAGUUGAUCCCAGAAAGGGUUGGGGGUUUCGUGGUGUGCAUAAGGCGAUUUUAUGUGGAAAAGUUGGGCAAGCACCUCUGCAAAAGAUCUUGAGGAAUGGUAGAACUGUCACCAUUUUUACUGUUGGAACUGGAGGCAUGUUUGAUCAAAGAACAAUUGGAGCCAAAGACUUGCCAAAACCAGCUCAAUGGCAUCGUAUUGCUGUACACAAUGACACACUUGGUGCUUAUGCAGUUCAACAACUUGCCAAAAACUCUUCAGUUUAUGUAGAGGGUGAUAUUGAAACAAGAGUUUACAAUGACAGUAUUAAUGGUGAAGUAAAAAAUAUACCCGAGAUCUGCAUUCGUCGUGAUGGAAAGAUUCGUCUUGUGAGAUCAGGAGAAAGCAUGACCAGUAUUUCCUUUGAUGAACUACGUGAGUCUCAUUUCUCAUAAAUUAUUUACAUGAUAAUCUAUAAUCCAUGAUUACGUGAUAUUCUUGAUACCAAAAUUCAUCAAAACAUUCUAGUGGGGUGGAGCCACUGUGUAUCUGAUUUACAUAUCACAUUAUGUUUUUUGGGCGGGUGUGGGCUAGGUGCUAGGAAAAUAACUUUUUAGUAGAAACUUAUUAUUAUUAGUGUGCAUGGGGUCGUUGGAUUUUGUCACCCGCGUCGGUGGGCUGUGGUACCGCCGUUUGCUUGUUGCAGUGAGUUCGGCGACGUCAGCUUGGGCGGGUAUGACGGCAAAAAAAUAAAGAAUCGUUUUAAAAGACAAUCCAAGUUGCUAAAUAUAAGUCAUAAACCAAAGUGCAUGUUCUUACCAUCAACUUGUUAUUUUUUAACAUCAGAUAUUUUCAAAAGAUAUACCAUUACGUAUGUUCAAAUUGUUUUAUAG